AUGGCCGCCCACGGCAAGCCCAAGCUAGCCGGACCGCCCCCGCCCCCGCCCCCACCUCCGCCGCCGCCCGAGGCGAGGAAGGGCUUCAUGCGCCGCAUGCUCCCUUUCCUCCUAGCCGCCAACCUCUUUGGCGGAGCUUAUGUACUCGUGCGGAGCUACAGAAAGGACUCAGGAAAGGACUCAACCACUGAUCCUGCUACUGCAUCUGCUGCAACUGCUGGGAAGCCUGCCGAACCAGUCUCUGUGCCCAGAAAGGAGCUCCCACCAAUCCCUGAAGAUGACCAGCGCAAGCUCUACAAAUGGAUGCUGGAAGAGAAGCGGAAGAUCAAGCCACGCAAUGCUGCCGAGAAGAAGAAACUUGAUGAGGAGAAGGCCCUUCUCAAGGAGUUCAUCCGAGCAGGAUCCCUCCCAAGCUUAUGA